UCUGUCAACGUGACUUUCAUAAUUUGUGGGAUAAGACCCACAAGUACAAUUUCAAAAUUAAUAAAUAUCUUAGCAAUCUUUGGAUAUGCCGAAAAGAUAUCGUCGGUAUUCGUCUCCAGGGACAUCCUCUGAGAGCGAGGAAGAAGUUGUGGUUUUACGUCGUCGAUUGAAGCGAUUAGAGAAAAAAAUUAAGUGCUCUCCCCUCGAUGGGGGCAAAAAUAGGGCAAAGCAACAGAGAAUUGAGGAAAUCCCAUCUACAGAUGAAACUUAAUCGGAAUCGCCUCACACAACUCAAGAGCCUGUGGAAUCUGUGUUUUUGGAAGAUACAGGUCGUCAGCAAUUUGAAUCAUCGAAUAUUUCAGAACUGGGUGAGCUUCAGGCCAAAUGCGAGUAUCAUUAAAUGUUUAGGAUAGCUUCCAGAUUUUGUAAUAUAUAUAUACAAAUAUA